GAGGAUCUUUGACUAGCGUAAACAUAGUGUUAGUGUUUUACUAUGUCUAUGUAUGACUAUACAGUAUGAAUAGAGACUACAUUCAGUGAAUACUGUAUUAGCCAUUGUGUGAUUUGUCGUCCCCUAGCGGCCAGCACUCCCAUGUUUCUCGAGAGUCACGUGGUUUCUCGGAAAGGACUUGCACAGCGAGCGCGUUCACGCCCCUCAAUAUCACAACGCAGUAUAGAGCACGAGCAACCCUCAGCGACGCUCACGGAGCACUUACGAGAAAGCCUCCUGGGGACCAUGGCCGCGGGCAAGAUGCGAUGCACCCGCAAACUCCGCUCCUGGAUAGUGGAACAGGUGAGUAGCGGUAAAUAUCCGGGAUUGGUGUGGGACGAUGAGGACAAAACCAUGUUCCGCAUCCCGUGGAAGCACGCUGGCAAGCAGGAUUUUCGCAAAGACGAGGACGCCGCCAUCUUUAAGGCGUGGGCUGAGUUCAAGGGCAAGACGGCUGACUGCAAACCGGCUGCCUGGAAGACGCGUCUGCGCUGCGCCCUCAACAAAAGCCCCGAGUUCAGCGAGGUUCCGGAGCGGGCCCAGCUCGACAUCUCGGAGCCGUACAAAGUGUACCGCUUGGUGCCCAUCAGCGAGCAACGCAUCCAGAUGCCAAAGAGGAAAUGCCGAGAGAAAGCCAGCAGAAGAUGGAAGAGGAGGAGGAGGAACAGCAGCAGCAGCAGUAGUAGCAGCAGCAGCGAGACGGAGAGCGACGACAUCACUCACAUCCAAGAGAAGAGGAUGGAGGAUGUCAAAGUUGAGCCGGUUUGUGGCGACAUCCUGGACAGCUACCGUGUUCCGCAGGCGGACGAUGCGGUCCAGCUGGACGGCAUCGUGCAGGAAGGUGCCCUCAGUGAGAUCCGAUUGGAUGUCCGGAUUGACGAGAAUGUCCCGCCUCCUCUGGAAGACGAGGACUCGUUGCAUGUGUCCGUCCACUAUUUGGGCCAGGAAGUGCUCAACCGUCAGAUCCACGGCCCCGACGUUCGGGUCCUCUACGCGCCGCCCUCCCCCGUCCCACCCACGACAGCCCCCGACGUCUGCUUCCCACGCAUCCACCUCCCGGAGCCUGCGUCCCCGCUGCUGGCCGGCAAGGACCUGGAAUGGCUGCACAGGCUGCUGUCGCACAUGGCAAAAGGCGUGGCACUCACCUCCACAGCACAGGGCGUCUACGGCAUGCGCUUCUGCCAGGCGCGUGUCUUCUGGAUGGGUCCACACAUGCCCAUGUCGGGGCUGCACAAGAUGGAGAGGAACUCCGAGCCGGUCCUGCUCUUCAGCAAAGACGCCUUCAAGCAGCAGCUGGAUAACUUUCGUUUGAGCCGUGCUGAGGCUCCUCAGUCCAGCUUCACUCUGUGCUUUGGAGAAGAAAUAAGCAGCUCAGAAGAAAUGUCCGGAAAACACAUCAUUGUUAAGGUCACGUUGCCAUGGGCCGAGCAGCAGGUUCAAAGCACUCGCAUCCUUGAGUCCUUCACCUUGCUGACGUCGCCACUGGACGAGAUCACGCUCAACCUGGUCGCCGUCCCAAUCCCUGAACUCACAGGCUGAAGGUUUUCUUUCCAUAAUAUUCAAUUCAUCAAGUUUGUAUGACUGAAAAGACAAUUCACUACAAGUGUAAAACCGUGCACAUGGUUGUUUGUAAGCUGCUGCAAAAUGUUACCUUUAUGGUAUUUUAACAGAGUACACAAUCAUAUACCACUAACAGAUUCAGCAGGGGUGUCCAAAGAGCGGCCCUGGGGAUAUUUUCGGCCUGCACCUCGUCUUUAUUGACACUUAACAUAUUAUAAAAACAAAAUGAACUCACGGGAUACAAGGGUGGGCUUAAAAGUUUAUAGACCAAGAAGGACUUAUGCCACAGUAAUGAAAAUUAGUUUGCAUUAAAUUGAACGUUUCUUCUUAAGGGCAAGCAGAUGAAGGCAUUCAUGCUGGGGAGUGGUGGUUUAAUGUGAGGGAUCAAAGGAGCUGGUGGAAUGUCACUGUUUUGUACAGCUGGUAGGAACAAAAGUGUGUGUGCGUUGCAGUGAGUCAGUCUUUAAACUGAGGGUGUUGUCGGCUCGCAGCACUAUACGCACACUACUACUAUUUGCUGUUAGUGCAACAAUGAAAACAUUUCUACACUCGGGUGGUGGUUUCAGGUUAGAGAAAGUCAAGUAUACAGUCUUAGAUGUUCCCGUUAGCCGGCGAGGUCAGCUCGGCGAUCUUGGCGUUCACUUUCUGAUUGGUCCAGUCUCUCGUGAUGUCAUCCAGGUGGCUGUCAAAAUCCACCAGGAGCGCGUGGUCGCCCGACUCCAGCAUCUGGCUGGCGAUGGCUCGGGUUUCCUCCCACUGCCUCAGCAUGAUCCUGGAUGGAGGGAAUAGAAAAUGUAGAAGCAGGCCGCCAUGCCGGCAACCUUAAACGCCCAGCUUCUUACGUGUGUUUGUCUUUGAGCGUCCAUCUUGAGUCUCUGCGCUCAUACAUGACGAUGGGAGGCACCCGAAAGUCUGGUGACAUCUUGCUGCCAUCGAGCUGUACAUGGCGCCAAACAUCACAUACACUUAAUUAGGUAGGCUGCUUAAUCUGAUGUUUUUUUUUUUUUUUUACUGUAGUGUGUACAAUUUAGCUGCAUCAUAAUGUGACAACUUGUAAAACAAGGGUGUCCAAACUUUUUCCCAACAAGCGGCCGCAUGCUGAACAAUUACAUUUUUAAACACACAAUUCAAACAAUGUUUAAACACACUAAACCCAGCCUAGUGUAGGUCAAGAUAUGCUAAGCAGUUCAAUAUAGUUGACUGCAAACAAAAAGAUUUUUAUUUUCACUUUUAGAGUCAAAUUCGAUCAUUUAAUCUACAAUUAUAUCUUUAUUUUGGUCAUAAUUGGCACUGUUUGACAGUUGAAAUAAAAAUAUCUGUACAUGUUGGAUUUCUUUAUUUAGGUUAACUAAAAUUAUAUAAUUAAUAAAUCAUUCUGAUUACUAUAUAUCCUGACACAUUUUGCUGUGUGAUUUGUUAUAUUUGACAAUUAAGUUUAAUAUAAAUUACUUUUUUAAAAUCUACAAUUUUAAUAAAUUAAAAAUUCCUGAUUUUAUGUUUUUGUCAGUCAAUUAAAGGAGAUGACCACAUUGUUUUUGCAAUUAAAAAAAAAAGUUUGAAUAUCCAAAGCAAGCUAAAUACUAUUUUUUUUUGUUUUGUUUUUUUUACAUUUAACAUUUAAAAAAAAAAAAAAAAACUUUCGGAAUCGUGUGUGGCCCUUAACAUUCUAAUGCAGGCCGUGUUUUUUUGUUUUUUUUUUGUCCUGGACCGGGCUUUGGACACCGCUGUCUCAAAGGGACAGUAACAAGUAAAAGUUGUGUUAUACUCACCAUCAAUAAAACUGCACCAUCAAACUGCU